AGGUAUUGAGAGAUAACUAGGCCACUUCGGGAGAAGGACCACCAUAAUCUCUGCAAACACCCGCUAGGGGGCAUAGCAUAGUGCCCUUUUUAUCGACGUCUGGUCAACCAUCUCUGUGCAGCAGCCCCCCUCCAUUAAUGGAGUCUCAAGGCAAAAAGGGUGCGGAUCCAAGACCUCCUUCAAACUACACCGACUUCAUCUCCGCCCUUCCCUUGGAGGAAGGCUGGGCACCCAUGCACAUCCGAAAAUACCAAGGCUUUUGGAUCCCCCAACGUGCUCUCACCGGCACCUUGGACAUGCAGCAAAACUUCAAGGCUCGCCCCGACGACCUCUGGGUGCUGAGCUACCCCAAGUCCGGCACGACCUGGCUCAAAGCCCUCACCUACGCCCUCAUGACACGAGCCCAAUACCCUUUCGAUCACCACCCUCUCCUUCGCCAAAAUCCUCACGAGUGCGUCCCUUUCGUGGACAGAACCUACUCCAGAGGCCAAGCCUCAGAAAUAGAAGCCAUGCCCUCCCCUCGUAUCCUCAACUCUCACUUGCCAUACUCUCUCCUACCACACUCCAUCAAGAGCUUAGACUGUAAGGUCAUAUAUGUCUGCCGAGACCCCAAGGAUGUGUUGGUCUCCCGGUGGUACUUCAAUAAUGGGAUGAGACCGCAACCUAUGGAGCCAAUUCCAUUUACCAAGGCCUUCGAGAUGUUCUGUGAGGGCAAUUGCCCCUAUGGGCCGUUAUGUGAGCAUGUUCUCGAGUACUGGGAGGAGAGCCAGAGGAGGCCAGAGAAGGUGCUGUUCUUGAAGUAUGAGGAGAUGUUAGAGGAUCCGCUGCGGAUUGUGAAGCGGUUGGCCGAGUUCAUGGGGUGUCCCUUCUCUCCAGAGGAAGAGAAGGAAGGGGUGGUGGAGGAGGUCAUAAAGCUGUGCAGCUUUGACAAGCUGAAGAGCUUGGAGGUCAACAAGACGGGAAAACUGCUUCCCCAUAUCCUCCUAACCAAUGAUUAUUUCUUCAGGAAAGGAGGGGCAGGCGAUUGGAGGAAUCAUAUGAGUCCGGAGAUGGCGCGGAAGUUGGACCGCAUCACCGAGCAAAAGCUUGAGGGGUCCGGUCUUACCCUCAAUGGUGUGGAUGUGGAAGCCGCGGCCACCAAUUGUGAUGUCCAAGCGCAAGCCUAGUCGAAGUUGUUUUGUGAUCUUCUUUUUAUUUUUCGGAUGUUUAGAGUGAGAUUGCAUAAGAAGUUUGCUGCAAUCCUGGAACCCCCGCAUGGCGUCUCUGUCUCUGCUCUUGCUGUCAACCUUUGUUGACCCCAGAGAGCGUCAAUAAGGUGUCACUGCGAAAGACGUCUGUUACUUGUACCAUCGAGGUGUCUUCGUGAUAGUUUCUGUCUCCCGCUAUGAUGCUGCACUUAUUUGUUUUCUUUAGAAUAAUUGCUAAAAUAUAAAUAACAAUGAGUCA